GAGGUCUGCUGCUGCUGAUAAAGCCCUGUGCCUGCUGGGAUCUUGGGCACUUGUUUUGGAGGUAGAGCUCACUGUGCGUCUGUGGAGACCGCAAGCCCGGAGAUGGGGGCUUCCCUUUCACCAGAAGGGAUGCCAGGCCUGCUGCACCUAUGGAAAGCUGAUGCUGCAACCAGCUUUCUGAGGGCUACGAGAUCUGGGAACCUGGACAAAGCCUUGGAUCACCUGAGGAACGGGGUAGAUAUUAACACCUGCAAUCAGAAUGGGCUGAACGCCCUGCAUCUGGCCUCCAAGGAAGGCCACGUGAAGAUGGUGGCUGAGCUGCUGCACAAGGAAAUCGUUUUAGAAACAACAACCAAGAAGGGGAACACGGCCCUGCACAUCGCGGCCCUGGCAGGACAGGAGGACGUGGUCCGGGAACUGGUGAACUAUGGGGCAAACGUCAACGCACAGUCGCAGAAAGGCUUCACGCCCCUCUACAUGGCAGCGCAGGAAAAUCACCUGGAAGUCGUCAAAUUCCUGCUGGAGAGCGGCGCCAACCAAAAUGUAGCCACAGAGGACGGCUUCACACCGCUGGCCGUUGCUCUGCAGCAAGGGCAUGAGAACGUGGUCGCCCACCUCAUCAACUAUGGGACAAAGGGGAAGGUCCGUCUGCCCGCCCUGCACAUCGCUGCCCGCAACGAUGACACCAGGACGGCUGCGGUGCUCCUGCAGAAUGACCCCAACGCUGACGUCCUCUCCAAGACUGGAUUUACCCCCCUGCAUAUCGCGGCUCACUAUGAGAAUCUCAACGUGGCCCAGCUCCUGCUGAACCGCGGUGCUAGUGUCAACUUCACCCCACAGAACGGGAUUACUCCACUGCAUGUGGCUUCCCGCCGGGGCAAUAUCAUCAUGGUGCGGCUGCUGCUGGACCGAGGGGCCCAGAUAGAGACAAGGACCAAGGAUGAGCUGACUCCCCUGCACUGUGCAGCCAGGAAUGGACACAUGCGAAUCAUGGAGAUCCUGCUGGACCACGGGGCUCCCAUCCAAGCAAAAACCAAGAACGGCCUGUCGCCCAUUCACAUGGCGGCUCAGGGAGACCACCUGGACUGUGUGCGGCUGCUGCUGCAGUACAACGCUGAGAUCGACGACAUCACCCUGGACCACCUCACGCCGCUGCAUGUGGCCGCGCACUGCGGGCACCACCGUGUGGCCAAGAUGCUGCUGGACAAGGGGGCCAAGCCCAAUGCCCGAGCACUGAAUGGCUUUACGCCACUGCACAUCGCCUGCAAGAAGAACCACAUCCGGGUGAUGGAGCUGCUGCUGAAGACUGGCGCCUCCAUUGAUGCUGUCACGGAGUCAGGCCUGACCCCUCUGCACGUGGCCGCCUUCAUGGGGCACCUGUCCAUCGUUAAGAUCUUGCUCCAGCGCGGCGCGUCCCCCAACGUCUUUAAUGUGAAGGUGGAGACACCCCUGCACAUGGCGGCCAGAGCUGGGCACACAGAAGUGGCCAAGUACCUGCUGCAGAACAAAGCCAAAGUAAAUGCAAAAGCCAAGGAUGACCAGACCCCGUUGCACUGUGCUGCACGUAUUGGCCACACAAGCAUGGUGAAGCUUCUGCUGGAAAACAAUGCCAACCCCAACCUGGCCACCACAGCUGGGCACACUCCCCUGCACAUCACUGCCCGGGAGGGGCAUAUGGACACCGCCCUGGUGCUGCUGGACAAGGAGGCCUCGCAGGCCUGUAUGACCAAGAAAGGAUUUACCCCUCUCCACGUUGCAGCCAAAUACGGGAAGGUGGAUGUGGCCAGGGUGCUGCUGGAGCAUGAUGCCCACCCCAAUGCGGCAGGGAAGAAUGGCCUGACCCCGCUGCACGUGGCUGUCCACCACAAUAACCUGGAGAUCGUGAGACUGCUGCUGCCCAAGGGGAGCUCCCCGCACAGCUCAGCCUGGAAUGGUUACACCCCCCUGCACAUUGCGGCCAAGCAGAACCAGCUGGAGGUGGCCAGCAGCCUGCUGCAGUACGGGGCCUCUGCUAACGCUGAGUCCAUGCAGGGUGUGAUGCCUCUGCACCUUGCUGCCCAGGAGGGGCACGCGGACAUGGCGGCACUGCUCAUCUCCAAACAGGCCAAUGGGAACCUGGGCAACAAGAGUGGCCUGACUCCUCUGCACCUGGUAGCCCAAGAGGGGCAUGUGCCAGUCGCUGAUGUUCUGAUCAGACAUGGCGUCACAAUGGAUGCAGUGACCCGGAUGGGCUACACACCGCUGCACGUGGCCAGCCAUUAUGGGAACAUCAAGCUGGUGAAAUUUUUGUUGCAACACCAGGCAGACGUCAAUGCAAAGACGAAGCUAGGGUACACCCCUCUGCACCAGGCUGCUCAGCAGGGUCACACGGAUAUCGUCACGCUGCUGCUGAAGCACGGCGCCUCCCCCAAUGAGGUCAGCACGAAUGGCACCACGCCCCUGGCCAUCGCUAAGCGCCUCGGCUACAUCUCUGUCACGGACGUGCUAAAAUUAGUUACAGAAGAAACCAGCAUCCCGUUGGUCAGUGACAAGCACCGCAUGAGCUUCCCUGAGACGGUAGAUGAGAUCCUGGAUGUGUCCGAGGAUGAAGGCUCCACUCAGGUCACUGUCAUGGGGGAGGAGCUGGCUGACACCAGGCCUGAGAAGCAGGAUUCCAGGGAGCAGGAUGAGGAGAAGGAGAUGGAGUUUGUCCCCAAGCUGGAUCAAGUGGUGGAGUCUCCAGCCAUCCCACGGAUCCCCUGCGUCACACCUGAGACUGUGGUGAUCAAACUGGAGGAGUCUGAGCAGCCGUCCAAGGAGUUCGACGAAGACUCCCUAAUCCCCAGCAGCCCAGCAACAGAGACCUCGGACAACAUCAGCCCUGUGGCCAGCCCCGUGCACACAGGGUUUCUGGUGAGCUUCAUGGUGGACGCCCGCGGCGGCUCCAUGAGGGGCAGCCGUCACAACGGGCUGCGAGUGAUCAUCCCCCCCCGGACCUGCGCCGCACCCACCCGCAUCACCUGCCGCCUGGUAAAGCCGCAGAAACUGACAACACCACCGCCCCUGGCUGAGGAGGAGGGUCUUGCUAGUAGGAUCAUUGCACUGGGUCCCGCUGGGGCACAGUUCCUGAGCCCUGUGAUUGUGGAGAUCCCACACUUUGGGUCAUACGGGCGGCGGGAUCGGGAGCUGGUGGUGCUGCGCAGUGAGAACGGCUCCAUCUGGAAGGAACACCACAACCGCUACAGCGAGAGAUACCUGGACCAGGUGCUCAAUGGCAUGGACGAAGAGCUGGAGAGCCUGGAGGAGCUGGAGAAGAAGAGGAUUUGCCGCAUCAUCAGCACCGAUUUCCCCCUCUACUUCGUGGUUAUGUCCCGUGUGUGCCAGGACUGCGACCUGAUUGGCCCCGAAGGGGGGUGUCUGAAGAGUACGCUGGUUCCCAUGGUGCAGGCCACUUUCCCGGAGACAGCCGUGACCAAGAGAGUCAAACUGGCUCUGCAGGCGCAGCCCGUGCCGGAUGAGCUGGUGACAAAGCUGCUGGGGAACCAGGCGACCUUCAGUCCCAUCGUCACUGUAGAGCCGCGCCGCAGGAAGUUCCACCGGCCCAUAGGGCUCCGCAUCCCGCUCCCGCCCUCCUGGAAGGACAAUCCCCGGGACAGUGGGGAGGGAGACACCACCAGUCUGCGUCUGCUCUGCAGCGUUGUUGGAGGCACAGCCCAAGCGCAGUGGGAGGAUAUCACAGGAACCACAAAGCUGGUCUAUGCCAACGAGUGUGCCAACUUCACCACUAAUGUAUCCGCCAGGUUCUGGCUGGCAGAUUGCCCGCGCACGGCCGAGGCCAUCCAUUUUGCCGCCAUGCUCUACAAGGAGCUGACGGCCGUGCCCUACAUGGCCAAGUUUGUCGUGUUUGCCAAGAUGAACAAUGCACGGGAGGGGCGACUGCGCUGCUACUGCAUGACCGACGACAAGGUGGACAAGACGCUGGAGCAGCACGAGAACUUCCGCGAAGUGGCCCGCAGCAGGGACAUCGAGGUGCUGGAGGGGAUGCCCCUGCAUGUCGAGCUCUCGGGGAACCUGGUGCCUGUCAAGAAGGCCACGCAGCAACGCAGCUUCCACUUCCAGUCCUUCCAGGAGAACCGGCUGGCCAUCCCCGUCAAGGUAAGGGACAGCAGCCGGGAGACAGGUGGCUCACUCUCCUUCCUGCGCAAGGCCAUGAAGUACGAGGACUUGCAGCAUGUCCUGUGCCACUUGAACAUCACCAUGCCGCCAUGCACCAAGGGGACUGGCAGCGAGGAGCGAAGGAGGACUCUGACACCGUUGGCUCUGCGAGAGAGAUACAGCAUCCUCAGUGAGAACACUCUGGGGCCUCUGAGCGGCACAGAGAAGGCUGAUGUGAAGAUGGCUGUUAUCUCGGAGCAACUGGGCCUCAGCUGGGCUGAGCUGGCCCGGGAGCUGCAGUUUGGGGUGGACGAUAUCAACAGGAUCCGGGUGGAGAACCCCAACUCCCUGCUGGAGCAGAGUGUGGCCCUGCUCAACCUAUGGGUCAGCCGUGAGGGCAAGAAUGCCAAGAUGGAGAAUCUGUACGCGGCCCUGAGGAGCAUCGACCGCAGCGAGAUUGUCAACAUGCUGGAGGGCUCGGGCUGGCAGAGCCGCAGCCUGAAAGGCGACCAGCAUUACGCUGACAAGGACUAUUCCCUCUCGCCCUCCCAGAUUAAUGGUUACACUUCGCUGCAGGAUGAGCUCCUCUCCCCUGCCUCCCUGCAGUACACUCUGCCGUCCCCGCUGCGUGCAGACCAGUACUGGAACGAGGUGGCCAUCCUGGACGCCAUCCCCAUGGCCCCCACCGAGCAGGACGCCCUGCUGGAGCUGUCCGACAUGCAGGUGUGGUCCUCGGGGCUCACCCCCUCGCUGGUGACUGCUGAAGACUCCUCUCUGGAGUGCAGCAAGGCCGAGGACUCGGACGCCAUGAGUGAAGGCCGCUUCCCGGGGCAGCUGCUGGAUGAUGUGCACGGCCUGGACCACCUGGGCUUGCUGGAUCUGGCUGAGGACGACACAGUGGAUUCAGAUGCCAUGAAUGGCCUUAUCGACCUGCUGGAGCAGGAGGAAGGUCAGAGGUCCGAGGUGAAGCUGCCAGCGUGUGAGCGCCAGGCUGGGCUGGCGGGGGAGCAGGGCUCAGAGGAUGAAGUCUCUUUUGUUUCAGGCCAGCAGAGGGUGCAGGCCAGGAUCCUGGAGUCGCCAACUGUGAGCCGGGUCAUGGAGAGGAGCAAGGGCAGGCUGAGGGACUGGAAUGCAGAAGGCUCCUUUGUCUCCUGCCUGCAGGACCUGCCUGAGGGCUCCUGGCAGGAGGGGGUUCCCAGAAGCCCACGUCUGCUGCCCAGAGCAGCCCCUGGGGCAGCCCCCCAGGGGAGGGGCCAGGAGCAUGUUCUGGGGCCCCCGUCCGAGCGUCUGCGAAUCGACCCCCCCGAGGAGAGCGACUGGCAGCUCCAGCACACGAGGAGCCAGGACUACAGCCAAUGGCUGGAGGAGGCGGAUAGCAGCUUCUUUAGACAAACGAGGGGCAAUCAGGUUCAGGAUAUUCCGGGGGAGCAGGUGACCGAGGAGCAAUUCACUGACGAGCAAGGCAACAUCAUCACCAAGAAGAUCAUCCGGAAGGUGGUGCGGCGGAUCAGCGCGGGCGAUGAGGAGAAGGAGGUGAUUCUUGAGGGCUCUCUGCAGGAGCCCCAGGAGCUGGAAGCUGAGGCAGAUCACUUUAUGAAAUAUGCCAUCCUGCAUCAGGACAGUCUGGGCAGCAAGGAUCUCACCUCCACCCCGAACCACUGAACUGCCGCCACGUGCGGCCAGCCCCACGAGGAGAGGCGAAAGCAGACAGGCGACGGGAGCAGGGCUGGCUGUACAUGUUGUUCUAGGCUAAUGGCAUGAUUUCUGUAAGAGACUUACUUCCCGUCCUAUUCGCAUGAUUGACUGACUGCCAACGCAUGAGCCACAGUUCUUACAACGGACGGGGACCCCAGGAGCCAGCAGCACCCGGGGCAGCGUUUCUCUGGCAGGGACGUGACUCUGCUGCGCACACCCUGAGUCCAGACAGGAGGCUGCGGCUAUGAAGGGCUGCCCAGGGUGGGGCAUCAGCUCCCACCUAUCCCUCAUGUUGUCUCCUGGCUGGAUUUUGCUGCUUCAUCCUCUUCCAAGGAGUGUGUGCGGAGGGGGGAUGUCAGAGCCUAAGGAGGUGGUGGGGGGAGGGCAGAACUGCAGCUCUCGAGGGAGCAGCCCUGGCAAGGGCAGGGGGAGGGGACUGGAUUGUGGCUGCCUUGCCCCUGUUUCUCCAGAAGUUUCCCCCCGUGUGAGCGUGUGGCUCCCAGCAGCACUGAGCUCCUCGCUUGUGUUGAAAGUGUAAACUGUACAGUAUUCAGCCUUGUGUAUAUGAACAAAUAAAUACUAUGCAACGCCCGAGGGCACUCAGCGGGGUGCAGAGCACUGCCCGCUCCGUGCCCACAUACCUCGCCAGCUGUAGGACAGGGAUGGCUCAUCAGCCCCUGCCAGGGAGGAGCUCUGGCCAGUGCAGCUGGGAAGCUGGAGGUAUCAGAGGGCAACAGAGCCAAACCUCCCAGUGUCAGCCUGGCGCUUUUACUCCCUUUGGCCUUGUUCAUUUCCUGACACCCACCCGGGGCCGGGCAGGGGGCUGGGGCAUGUGUGCCAGCCCCUGCCCACUUUGGUUACAUAUGGGGCAGAGCUGAGGGCCUCCUACCAGGCCCUACCGCCCUGGCACAGGAUGGGCAGGUGGUGAGCACUGGCACAGCCCAACACCUGCCUCAGCCCAUGCUAGGCUCUACCCAGCACAAUGGCUGCUCAGGAGAGAUGCAAGGAAACAGCAGCGGGGUUUGCACCCCUGUCCUCUGCACCAUUUGUGAGGCCCUCCAGGGUUCCUUGGCCUCUCUGAAAGGCCAAAGUCAGCACAGCCCCCGUGUCCCCGACCCUUCCAGGACCAACCCCCAGUGUCUAGGGCAAAGGAGACGCAUGAGAGCAGCUCUCCCAGGCUCUUGCACUGCGUCAGCACCACAACCCGUACUGCUGCAGUCUGGCCGGAACAGAGAGGGUCACCCUGCGACCUGGAGUCUGAGCCCUGGGAGCUUUAACUGGGGACAGCAGAGCUCUGCCCCUGGCUGGCCCCUUGGCUCAGCUGUUCCUGCCAACAGCUCUGUCCUGGCAGGAGGCAGGGGGGAGGAACUACCUGGGCUAUUUAAAGGUGCUCAGUAGAAAUCUUUUGUGACAUGUGACCCCAGGCGGGCUGGUUGCAGGAAGGGGGUGCUGGCUGCCACGUCCCUCACCUCCCUUAAGGGUGCAGGAAGGAGCCAGGCAGAAACAAUUGGGACUUGCGCUUUCCCCAGGAGGUCGACAUGGGGCUCAAAGGGGCUGACAUGUUUCCAGGUGGCAACGCCCAGGCCAAGCCCACCACGGGAGCCAGGCUGCAGCCGCCAUGCCCAGCAGGCCUUGGCUGGUGGGCAUGUCUCGUCAAAAAGCCCUCUGCUCCGCUACAGGCUGAGGAGGUGGAGUAGAUGCAGACACGACUAGGCCAGCCUUCUCCAUGGAGAGCAAAGCGGCACCGUACAAACCAUGUAGGGUACAGACCGUCCAUCCACAACCCUCCGCUCUGUAACAUAAUGUCCCUAGAAUGGCUGACUUUGAUAGCAUCUCCGCAGAGUCUAGUGCGGGCCCCCUGCUUUGGCCUCUAUACUCCGUAGGGAAUGCUCCACUGCACUGUGCCGGCCCCGCGGGAGCCGUUGCUUCGCGCUCUGAUUGCUAGUAGGAGCUGGUAGGGGCGGGGGCGCGCUCCACAUGACGCCUAGAGAAUGCUGCAGGCUGCGCACUAGACGCUUUUUAGAAGUUUUAAAAUAAUUUUAUUUCCUUUUUUUACUGUUAUGAUGAUGAGCCUUUUGGCUCUCCCUGCCCCCAUCUUAGCUGCUGAUGUAUAGACCAUUCUCCCUGUACACCAGCUACUAGACUACAACUGAAUAAAGAAACCAACAAGA